GGAGAUACCUCCAUUCUUGCCAACCUGUGCCAUUUCCAGUACCAUUUCUCCACGUGCACCCUCUCCUCUUCUCUUCCCCCAUAAUUACAACCUUUUCCUCUAUCUCCUCCUUCAGCCCCUCUACACAACCAAAUACCUAAAGCAAACACCUUUUCUCUCUCUCAUGGCCGCCACCGCCGCCAUGUUUCUUCUGCUCCUCCUUCCCCCUAUCACCGCCGGAACUUUCCCUCCGUCCUUCAUUUCCGCCUCCCCGUCCAUCCUCCCCUCCAGCGAGCCUUCCCUCCCGCCGGACAUAAUGCCAGUGCUCCCCUCCCCUCAAACGGCCUAUGCGCCGGACGGCUUGCUGCCCACCAUCCCCUCCAACCUCAGCCCGCCCAACCCGGACUCCGUCGACCCGAAUUCCGCCUUCGCGCCCUUCGGCUCCUCCUCCUCUUCCGCCAACGCCAGCCCAUCUUCGUCUCCACCGCCGCCCGUCUUCCUCUUCCUGCUCUUCGGCCUUGCAGCCAUGUGGUGGUUGCAGAUUCCCUGGAAGUGAGUUCAGUGUCUGUAAGUGGAUUCGUUAGAGUUCUCUCUGGGCUUAUUGGUUUAAUUAUUAUUGUUAUUAUUAUUUGUGUCUUGCUAAAGCUGGACGAACUUCUCUUAAUCUGUGUCUGUAUUAUGAUUUUAGUAUAAGAAUAGAAAAUAGUAGAAUUUAAUAAAG